AUGGAGGAUGAAGAAGGUUACAUGGUAUUAAACCUCCGACGGCAGGAGAAAACCACCACCCGCCCAUCAUCAGGGAGGAUCCAAGAUUCUCCUUUGAGUUCCCAGUGCUAUAAACGCAUGCUAGGGAUUUUGGGGGCCGUUUGCAUCAUUCUGACAUUAGCCGUGAUCAUUUUGACUGUCCUGGUUUUCCAGGGCCGCUCCCUGCAGACGGACACCGGCGCAGUCUCAUCGGUCCCUGAGAGCAGCGGUGUCGCUCAGAGACACUCCCCCGGCAGAGAAUGCAACAGGAGCCUGGAAGACUUGGUGUCUCGCCUGAAGCAGAGUCUGUGUCACUCAGCCCAGAGCCCCUCAGCAGACGGCUCCAGCUGCAAACUCUGCCCCAUGGACUGGCUGUCACGCAGGGGAAAGUGUUACUGGUUUUCCAAAGACAGCAAAAACUGGACCGAGAGCCGUGCUGACUGCUCAGCGAAGAGCUCUCGAAAGCUAGCGAUCCAGGACCAGGAGGAGAUGGAGUUCAUACAGAACGUCACACGGGGUAGAUAUCACGUCUGGCUCGGGCUCAGUGUUCCAUCUGCAGAGAAGAACUGGACCUGGGUGGACAACUCCGUGUUAGACCAAACUCUGUUCCCAGUAACGGGUCCUGCCGACGUGAACGGCUGCGGGGUGAUAAAAGGGAAUCGGAUUCACUCUGAAACCUGCAGUGCUGAAUUCAAAUGGAUUUGCCAGAAGGAAGCCGUGCUGCUCUAAACAGUGGCAUUAGAGACACUCGUUCCUGUAACAGACCAGCACACUGCCUUGGGUUUCAGUCUUCAGGCCAGACUUCCAGGAGCCGAUAUGCCUGCAGAGACAUGUACGUGCAUCCUCAGAUCAGCUAUUUGUAUCUUCAACUCGGGUAAAUGCAUGUGCAAAUCAGGCCCAAGGGCAAAGGAGCAUCUCAUGGACGUAAACACUGCACUAUUGACUCUGAUCCAGCAAGAACACGCCACUUCCUCCCCCUGUAUCCCCUCCCCCUGUAUCCCCUUCCACCAUCAUUGAUUCCCUGGCUCCAUCCCUUACUCCUUCACCCCUUUCUCUUCACCCCCAAUGCCUCUUCUGCUUUCUGCCUCUCAGGC